UUAUACACUAAUUAUUAUUGUUGUAUACUCUCUCUCUAUCUAUAGAGAGGUUGGGAUCUCUGCCAAUUAUGAAUUUAUGGUGGGUUUUGAAUGAGAGUUGAACUCUAUAGUACUGAAGCUUUCUCUCUCUACAACUUCGUUUUCCAACUAAAAAAGUGCGAUUGGCGCAAUCGUUAUAAUGGCCUGAAUGUUUCUCUUCUCAAUAUUGUACCGAAGGCUAAAGUUGAUAAUCCAGAGUGGGGUAAAACCACCAAUUUGAUUGAGCUUGUUGCUAGUUUGCCUAGAAUCAUUGUUCUUAUCCUAGACAAAUUUGUUUUCAAGGUUUUAGCUGGAGGUACGGUCUCAAAGAGUUUUCCAGCAAUUAAGCACUUGUGGUAUCUUCGCUUGGCUGACAUAAAUUUCGCUGAUACAGGAGGAGGGUUGGCGAAAGUUGAUUUGUUUCCCAUUAGCCUGUUUGGUUGCUUGGAAAAUAGAGGAAGAAAGAAAGAAAGAUAAAGUCUUUUAUUCUCCCAUACAUGCAUUCGGGAUCUUUGGUUGGUGGAGAUGAGAGUGUGGCCAUGCUUACUCCAAUAUUUGGAGAGGGUAGUUUUAUAACCUCGUUAGAGAAAGGAUUGAAGAAAAAAAGAUUUAUUCCACAACAAGGAUAGUAUACUUAUAUCCAACCAAAGGAUGAAGAUAUAACUUGGCAUCACUAGAGAAGAUCAUGCGAGCCGGGUUAUCGUGCUUAAUCUUGGACGCGUAGAAAUGUUCACAGAAGAAUUGAUUAGCAACUUGAUAAAUUUGGUUUUUAUUCUAUAAAUAUGAUUUUUGUUCAAGAAGUACAAUUAAUUUUGCAAAUGCAUAUAAAAACUAUUUUAUUUAUGCUU